GCGUCGUUUCGACCCCGUUCUCAUCUUCACCAUUCUAAGGUGAUCCACCAACGAGCGUUACCCUCUGCCCACCCUUUCCUCAGGCGAAUCGCGCCGCUGCUAGUCCUUUGGGCGGCGAGGAAGAUUUCUCACGCUGCCACGGCCCCCAAAAGUGUGCCAGGAUGGAAACGACGCUGCGGUCCGUGUCGGCCGUGGGGGUCGGCGCCCUCUUCGCCAUGACGGCGCAAAAGAGCGUUUCGUCAAUGUUGUUACAUGAAUCCACGACGCGCGUCGCCUACCCUGUCGCAGUGGCUGUGUGUCUAGGCGAGGUUGUCAAGAUGAUUGUCUCGCUACUCAUCGUCUGCUACGAGUCGACGAAGCGCAAGCGAACGUGGACCGACGCAUCAUUGUGGCAGAGCUUGCUCUCGACAAAAGGGUUCGCACUAUUUCUGCCCGCGGCACUCUACGUUGUUCAGAACAACCUGUACAUGUUCGCAGCUUCUCAUCUUACCCCGACCGUGUUCCAGGCACUCUGGCAGCUCCGCAUCAUCUCGACUGCGUUCUUUUCAUAUACGAUUCUCAAGAAGCGUUUCAGUCGAGGCCAGUGCGUGAGCAUGACGGUGCUCGUUUUCUCCAUCGUCAUGAUCCAGGCCGGGUCACGAAGCAAGGCUGUUGCAAACACGAUUGACAUCAAGCCGUCGACAGGAGAAGCAGGCGUAUCGACGGGGGACGCCUUGGUCGGGUCCCUUGCCAUGCUCUGCGCCUGCGUCCUCUCGGGCUUAGCCGGCGUGCUGCUUGAGCGCAUCUAUACGGACGGCGCCACCAAUCUCUGGGUGGCCAACGUCCACCUGAGUGUCUUUAGCCUUCCACCCGCCGUCCUUGCCGUCGCCGCUCGAUUGGCCCACGAACGAAACGGGACCCACCUCGAGGCCUUCGGCCAGAGCGGAUGGCCAUGGGUUGCCGUGGCGCUGCACAGCCUUGGCGGUGUCCUGACGGCACUCGUCACAAAGCACGCCGGCAACAUUGCGAAGAACUUUUCGGGCGCCAUUGCCAUCUCCAUCACAUUCCUUCUCUCAACCUCGGGAUUCUUGCCGGGUGGGGCACUCACGCUCACCGGGCAGGGGCUUGCCACGGUCUGGGCAGGCAUUGCGCUGCUUGCCUAUUCCACAUGGCUCUACCUCGAAUCUCCAGCGGCCGUCAAGCCCCCACCGGACAGGGCAGGGUACACCGCCCUGGCCUCGUCGACUGCCUCGGAAGGCCGAGGGCCGACGGCGUCCUCGCCAACACCGUCGUCAACCUUCUCGGAAGAGCAUGAAACCAAGAUUUAGAUUACCCAGCAACCAUUCCUUUGGACAAUCCUCUGAUCUUCUCCGUCUCUGUAUUAUUAGUGUACCGUAGUUUUCGUCAGCGCUUCCAGCCUCCAUUCCUCGGAUAUCCAGCAACUGCACUACCGCUUUGCACAUUUGCAAUCAAUGUUCACAAGACAUGCAGUCCCCCAAUG